AUGACAAGAAUUUGGGUCGAUGGCUGCUUCGACCUCUUCCACUACGGUCACGGCAAUGCAGUGCGACAGGCCAAGGAGUUCGGGCAGGAGCUCUACGCCGGCGUGCACUCUGACGAGGCGAUCACACUCAAUAAAGGUCCACCUGUCAUGACGCUGGCCGAGAGAGCCUGCUUAUUGUCAGCGUGUCGCUGGGUGGACUGCGUUGUGCAAGAUGCACCUUAUGUCACAGAGAUUCCUUUCGUCAAGCAACAUGGCAUCGACUUUGUCGUACACGGCGACGACGUGUCUACCGAUGCGGAUGGUCUGGACACCUACAGGUUUGUCAAGCAAGCAGGCAUGUACAAAGAGUGCAAGCGAACGCAAGGCGUCUCUACUACAGAUGCAAUCUCUCGCAUCCUACAAGGCAAUAGCAACGAGACGCCAGAUGUCAAUGCAUUGACACGCGUCGACGCGAAACUCCUGCAAGCUUUCGCAACGACCUCUCCGGCCGAGCAGGGUAUAGCAGCCUAUCUGCCGCAUCAAUGUGCACAGACGACGCUAGGAGAGGCCUUGCAACAGUCGCGCGAGGAAAUAGACGCACUACAGAUCGGCGCUACCCGGCUGCCGACACCAGACGAGACCAUCACAUGUCUCUGCUCGAGCUGGGACCUCUUUUGUGCACAGGACGUAGAGCAACUUGCCAGCUUGCGACCAUCAUACACUAUUCUGGGCAUCUGGAGUGCUGAGGUCACAAAACGCGAGACUGGCUCAUAUCCCGUCCUGUCACUGCAAGAACGAGCUCUCGGAGCUUUGCAAUGCAAAUACGUAGAUGCCGUCGUCAUCUCUCUUGACCAUCUCUCGCCGCCCUCUUGGCUCGGUGUCGAGCCACAGGCCAUCAAGCCGAGCGGAAUCAGCGGCAACGUCGCAAGCUCGGCAAGAGCGUUGUAG